GUAUUGUUACUUCAAAUUUUGAACAUCACAACUGUUUUUUCAAAUCUCUCCUGAAGAAACAUCUUUCUUGUAAAAAGAUUUUUAAACCUUUUCGUAUUGGGAAACGAUGUUUCAAACUCACGUCUCUUGAAGAGUGGAAACUACAACACGCUAACUCCUUUUGUUCAUAAGUUGCAUACAAAAAAUCCAUCGAAUUCACCCUUCUGAUAGAUGGAUGCAUGCAUGACUCUUGAAGACCCUAUUUUCUGAAAAACUGGUUUUCCGGAAAAUAGGGUCUUCAAGAGUCAUGCAUGGGUCCGAAUCCUUUUAGGAUAUUUACUACCUCACUGAGGUCUAUCUAUCCAUGUACAACCCAUUGGAAUCGGAAGAGGCCAUCUUGGAAGGUUCCCUCGUAAACUAGAGACUAUUGUUAUUACUAUAUGAUUACCAUUUUUAGAGUAUCAUUAUUUCAACUAGAACGUAAACGAACAGAAGGAUUAAAUUUUGUCAUAACUAUUAUCCAAAAAUAUACGAGAUCUUGGCAUCAACAAAAAUUAUUUGCUCGAGAAAUGGCUGCAAUAAGAGUUCAAAGAGCCUAUAGAAAAUAUCGUACUCGAACAUACGUUAAAAAAUUAAAUGACGCAUUUCGAAAUGUUGCAAAUUCAAAUGAUUUUGGUAAAAAUAUCAAAUGGCCUGCACCACAACCGGGAUUUGUACCGUUAAAUAAUAAAUUAAAACAAAUGCAUCGACGAUGGCGAGCUUAUAAAAUAAUUUCACGUAUACCAAGUGAAUUGCGGCCAACAUUUGAAUUGAAAUUAUUAGCUGCUGAAUAUUUACAAAAUCGAACAUCGUAUAUCGCAAAUGCGUUUCAUCAAGUUUGGAAAGGAGAUUACUUGUCGCUACCUGAAGAACAUAUGAAUAUGCAACAAAAUUUAAAUAAUUAUAAAAAAGUAAUGAAUGAACUACGUGUAAAAGAUAAAUUUUCUCAAAUUAUUUUUUCUACACUUGCAACAAAGAUGAAUACCAGUGUGAAAAUGGAUGAACGUGCUAUUGUUAUGACUGAUCGUUUUAUCUAUAAAUUAGAUCCAAAAAAACAUUUUCAUAUCAGAAAAACUGGUAUACCAUUAGAACAAAUUACUGGAUUGAGUGUAACAACUGGUACCGAACAAUUGAUUGUUGUACAUUCAUCAACAUUACAUGAUCUCGUAUUUUAUAUGCAUACAAAAGAAGAUAGAGUUGGAGAAUUUGUUGCCAAUUUUAUUAAAUUAAAACGAAAAAUGUCUAGUCCAUUUGUUAUUAAUGUGCUACGUUAUGUGUCCGUUCAAUUGGAUAAACAUGAACGUCUUAUUAAUAUCGUACCUGGUGGUGAUCAAAUUGAAUUUAAAAAGGGUUCUGGAAAUAACAUCACAUUGACAGCACCAAUAUGA